CAGCCGUAGAGGCUCAGCACGGAGCAUACACAUACACAAGAAUCACAGAGGUCAUAGUGCCCACCCAGGCACUUCAUGUCAGCAGCGCAGAUAUAUCUAUAAUUGUCAGCCUGCAGCCUGCAGGCAAUAGUGGAUUUUUGGGGAUUUAUUUGACCGAAGAAGUCAUGGAAGUGACCCACCGUCACCUGCGCGAACUCAGGGAGAUCCCUUUGCGUCUCUUGGUGGUUGGACAGAACGCUGCUUCACUCCCGGAUGGAACAUACCAAUCCUCACGCCACGUGGGCGCCCCAACGUCUCAUCUGAUCCGCACUCGACCGGUCGAACUCCGAACUCCGCCUCACCAAACGGGGGUCACCGGGUAAGCACCGAAGCACCCCGCUGAGUGGACGGAUCGGGGGUGAGGACGCCCGCGUGGGCGCGGCGCCAUGGGUGCUUGUGAGAUCCUGGUGCGAAACCUCAUCUUGGGGGUCGGACUGGUGGCCUUGGCAGUUCUUUUCAGUUAUGUGGAUGCCUUGCCUUCGACUGAAAGGAUGAUUGCAAAGAUGUCCUUCGCAACCUCUGCCACACCGCCGACCACUGUGGCCCCGGCAGCGCCGACCGCGGCGCCCACCACGUCGCUGGAGGCAUACAAAGACCUUUAUGCUCCCAGCGAGGUGAAAUGCAUGAUUACUCAGUCAGGACGAGAUGGGAUUGGGCACCAGCUGGAGGGGAAGCUCUCGUGCAUUGCGAUGGCCUCCUUUGUGGGCUUAGACUAUAUCCACAAGCCUUUCUAUACCAUGCAGCACGUGCGAGACCCAGCGAAGAUGGCUGCCUUCUUUGAGAAUUUCUUCGGCCUCAGCACGCAAUUCCGGCUGCUGAACAGCUCCACCAUGAAGGAGCGCAGGCAGGUGGUUCCCUGGGUCGGAAAGUGCUGGCAAAAUGGCUGGCUGCGCUUGGUGGAAAAGGGGAACCUGACCUGCAAAAAGGAUGGCCAAGACUUGGUUAGCAUGGACAACUGCUGGGAUCGCAUGUACUGCCACGGUUACAUGGAAUCUGGCCACUGGUAUAAGCUGGUGCCCCACAUCCAUGCCGCCUACUUCUCCAGUGAGAAGCCCGACCCCCAAUGGACGGAGGGCUUCGCGGAACAGACCUGGGGGCCCAAAGUGGCCGUGCAUAUCCGACGCGGCGAUUCGGGAUAUCAGCUGAAAUUGAGUUGGUAUGCCAGGCAGAUCGAGUCGCUCAGGCAGCGGUUUCGCUCGGAGGGGAAGCCGCCACCCUUGUUUCGCGUGCAGACGGAUGAGGAGAAGGUCCAGAAUCUCAUCAAGGCAGAACCACGACUGGAGGCCAGUGACAUUGUGCUGGAUGGACGAAGCAGCAGCCUAGAGUUGGCCAUCCAUCGGAUGAUUAUAGCCGACGCCUUCAUCACCAGCAGGUCCUCGCUGAGUAUGUCAAUGGCCCUCAUUGGAAAUCAGUCGAUCGUGAUCAUGCCCAACUGCUACGAGCGAACCUCUCUUCCGCACUGGACCCGAGCCGCGUGCGAUGAGAAGUGAGAAGGCAAGGAGCAGGUCAGACUGAACACCGUGUCGCCCUGCUCGCCAAGAAAAGCUGAGAGGUGAACCCAUUGGGGGAGGGUCCUUGCUCGGAAUUCCAUUUCUCAGAUUUCUUGAACAUCACUGAUGGAAGGUGGUUGGAGAUGGGAAGUAUGGAAGUGUGGACCAUAUCGCCUGUUUUCUGGGAUGGCUUGGACUACUGCAGCAGGGCGAAGGCUCGGGGCUUCGUUGGUUGGAGGAAAUCCUCACAUCCUUGGAGCGGCCUUUCCCUGCC